AUGGCGCCAGCUGCAGCUUCCACGACUAAGAAAACAGCAACACUAAAGUUACUGGUUACGCGGUUAAAAGACGUCCAAGCUCAAUUUAAGGACAUAUGGGAGUUCGUUGAAUCCUUCAGUGAAGAGAGGACCGCUAGUGAUGUGGCUGUACGUUUGGAGAAGAUUGAUGAACUGUGGGAGAAAUUUUGCGACACGUUAAUUGAAAUUAAGGCUCACGAUGACUACGUUUCGAAGGGGGAGACAUACAAUGAUGAAAGGCAGGAAUUUAGUGAGCAGUAUUAUAAGGCAAAGUCUUUUCUUAUGGACAGAGCCAAGGAAAGACAGGAUCCACCCGUUUUGGAGCAAACUAUUCGAGCUAAUGAUUCAGUGUCACAAAGCACAACUGAUCACGUGCGCUUACCGCAGAUUAAACUUCAAACCUUCAACGGAGACAUAGAUGAUUGGCUAGGUUUCCGCGACCUAUUCACCUCCCUCAUUCAUUGGAAGCCAGAUUUACCAGAGGUAGAAAAAUUUCAUUACCUGAAAGGAUGCCUGCAGGGUGAACCUAAAAGCCUCAUUGAACCAAUAAAAAUCACUAGUGCUAACUACAAGGUUGCAUGGGAGAUGCUGUUAAGGCGAUACAACAACAGCAAGCAACUGAAAAAACGGCAAAUCCAAACGCUUUUCAAAUUGCCAACUUUAUCUAAAGAAUCGGUCGUGGAUUUACAUGCUUUGCUGGAGACUUUCCAACGUGUCGUUCAAACGCUUGACCAAAUUGUGCAACCGGGGGAUUACAAGGAUUUACUUUUGGUUAACCUGCUCGCUUCGCGCCUAGAUCCGUUCACAAGGAGAGGAUGGGAAGAACACUCGGCUGCUUCAGAAACGGACUCACUAAAGGAGAUGACCGAUUUUCUUCAAAGGCGAAUUGAAAUUUUGGAAUCUCUACCUGCGAGGGUGGCUGACACUAGGAGUGGCCAGUCUUCUCAACCAACAGGCAAGUUUAAGUUGGUCGGGUCUAAAACCAGCUUCAACACAACACAAACUCAAGGUGCCCGUUGUGUCGCAUGCAAGGAAAAUCAUCCAUUGUACCAGUGCACAACAUUUCAAGGAUUGACCGUCGCGGAAAGGGAUUCUAUGCUACGGGCUCACUCGCUAUGUCGCAACUGUUUUAAACAAGGUCACCACGCGAAAGACUGUCAAUCAAAAUACUCUUGUCGAAAUUGUAAGGGAAGACAUCACACCCUGGUUUGUUUCCGGAGCGGAAAGGGACAUGAGGCUAAGGAGUCGGGGACUCAAGGUUCUAAUAUGUCCGGCCAGAGAGAAAUCUCAAAUCCUUCUCAUAUUACCUCUACCCCCUCUACACAAGUGGCAAAUCUGGCAAACUCCAGGGCAGUGGCGGCAGGUGCGGUUAAUUAUUCGUCCCAAGUUCUCCUGGCGACGGCGGUAAUUGUCAUUGAGGACGACAGUGGCAGUCGGAUACAAGCAAGAGCUCUACUCGACUCGGGGUCGGAGAGCAAUUUUAUAUCAACGCGAUUAAACCAGCGGUUACAGGUUGUUCGAGAUAAGGUAGAUAUUUUCGUAUCAGGGAUCGGACAAGGAUCAACUAAGGUUAAGCAACGAAUUUGGGCAUUGGUGACAGCAAACCUACCAACAGUCACUGUGGACACUAUUGGCUGGCCGAUUCCACAAGGUAUUCAAUUAGCGGACCCGGCAUUUGGCGUUUCUAAAGGAAUUGAUAUCGUACUUGAAAUUGAGUCUUUCUUCGAGUUUUUUAGCACGGGCCGCCAAAUGGUUAUUAGUAAACAAUUACCAGUGCUACACGAAUCGGUUUUCGGAUGGGUGGUGUGUGGUGCGCAGUCGGUACCGGAAAACAGUAUGCAGAUUAGUUGCAACGUGUCAACUACAGAUCAUUUGGAGGAACUGGUGACUCGAUUUUGGGCGUGUGAAGAAAUUGAGUCGAACUGCAAUCUUUCACCAGAAGAAAAACGCUGUGAGGAUUUGUUUACCCAUUCCGUGAAGCGUGCAGCGGACGGCCGUUAUAUCGUUUCAUUACCUAAACAAGAAGAUAUCAUGUCGAAAUUAGGUGAUUCCAGGGGGAUUGCUUAUAGGCGUCUUUUGGGAACAGAACGCAGGUUGGCCAGGGAUGAGGAUCUACGGAAACAAUAUGGCUCGUUUAUGGAAGAAUAUCUUCGCCUAGGACACAUGCGAAAGGUCAACAACACAACCCAAGAGACGGUCAAGCGCUGCUACUUACCCCAUCAUCCGGUUAUCAAGGAGGCGAGCACUACCACUAAGGUUCGGGUGGUGUUCGAUGCGUCGUGUAAAACAUCGUCAGGUGUGUCACUGAACGAUGUGUUGCUCACGGGCCCGUCCAUUCAAGACGAUCUUAGGAUAAUUAUACUUCGCUGUCGAACCAAGCAAAUCAUGCUGGUAGCAGAUGUCGAAAAAAUGUUUCGACAAAUAAUUGUGCAUCAAGACGAGAGACCACUUCAAUCGAUUUUAUGGCGUCCAACCCCGGAGGAGGAGGUGGCUACUUACGAGCUAAAUACUGUGACCUACGGCACCAAACCGGCUCCAUUUCUGGCUACAAGAACGCUCAAACAGUUGGCAAUGGAUGAGGAGGAACACUAUCCACUCGCGGCAAGGGCAAUCGCAAUGGAUACAUACAUGGAUGACGUGCUAACGGGUUCGGACAAUGUAACAGAGGCAACCAACCUGAGAAUACAGCUUGAAGCGUUAAUGGAAAGCGGCGGAUUUCAUUUAAGGAAAUGGGCAUCGAAUUCAGCAGAGGUGUUAGACGGAAUCCCGGAAGACAGUUUGGCAAUUCAAGACUCGCUAGGGAUUACAUUGGAUCCAGAUCCAGUCAUAAAGACUCUAGGGUUGAUAUGGCAGCCGGGGAAGGAUGUCUUCGGCUUUGGGUUCAAUAUUCCACCCUUAAGCGAUGUAACAACACUAUCAAGACGGCAAUUACUUUCAAUUAUAGCGACACUUUUCGAUCCGCUUGGGCUGGUGGGAGCUACAAUUACGAUGGCGAAAUUGUUUAUGCAGCUGUCAUGGACCCUGAAGGAUGAGGAUGAACAGAGGCUCGGCUGGGAUGAACCUCUUCCCUUGAAGUGCCGACAUGUUGUAGAUGCCGGAAUGGGCGUAUCCGGUGUUCAGGAACUGCCGCACGUAUCCUUUUUGACGCAACAGGGUCGCGUUAUUUGA